AUGGACGAAAUGAGCCAGAAGAUUCUUGACUUCCACAACACAAAGCGGAUGGAACUGGCUAGCGGCCAAAAUAAAAAAUUUCUACCAGCUGAUGGGGGAGAAAUGAAUAAGUUGGUGUGGGAUUGCUCUCUGGUAACGAAAGCCAAAAGUGCUAUAAAAGGACGUUCCGAGCAAAAUGCCAUCUAUCCCUAUGGAUUGAACACCGACUUCGUGAGACUGAAGGAAGGGCUUAGAUCGUUUGAAUCGGAUUUCAAGCCUUCGCUGGAGAGAUGGUGGAACGAAGGGAACUCUUCGAAUCCCGACAAACCAUAUGGCGAUAAGGCCAACUAUGAGAAUAUGGUUUACAGUGGCUACCAGAGGCUCGGUUGUUACAGCACAAGAACAGCAAAAAAAGUUCUUGCAUUCAACGCUUGCGUAUAUGAAGAGUAG